CGGGCGGCGUUUACAGUCUGGGGAUUUUCCUGUCUGGAUUUGGUUGCACCCCCCCAUAGUUCCCAGUCUACGUGUCUGUGUCGCCAGCGCCGGAAAGAGCGAGCGGUCGGUGCGGGUGACGCUGUGAGGGGCGGGAGCGAGCAACAUGGCAGCGGUUCCACAGUCGGCGGUCCUAUUAGUCCUCGCUCUCUUUGCCAUCGUACAUGCUUUGACCCCCAGCCAUUAUCUGAGCCAGGACGAUGUAGAGAGACUUAAAGAUUCUUUGGAACACCCAUUAUCAGACCUGGAGAAUGCCUAUUACUACAUCGCAGGCUUCAAUCAUCUCGGGGCCAGUGUAGCAGAUGAAAAGGCGGCCUGCAAUUUCAUUCGCUCUAAUGUUGAUACCAGUAAUGUGGAUUCUCUGUUCUAUGCUGCUCAAUCCAGUCAGGCCCUGUCCAACUGUGAGGUGCCUAUCUCCAAUGAGACCAGAGACCUGCUGCUUGGUGCCGUCAGUGAGGAUUCCUCUGUCACCCAGAUAUACCAUGCAGUAGGGGCACUCAAUGGCUUUGGCCUCCCUCUGGCCUCACAAGAAGUGGUCGGUGCCCUGACCACGAGACUCAGUAAAGAAGAGAAUGUCCUGGCAACGAUUGAGGCUCUCUUGACCGCUUCUAUGCUGUCCCAGCAAGCUGACCUGCGAGGGAUUGUGGAGGAAAUCGAGGACCUGGUGGCCCGCCUGGAUGACCUGGGUGGUCAGUACCUGCAGUUCGAGGAAGGUCUAGAAGUUACUGCUCUGUUUGUGGCUGCUACAUACAGUUUGUCGGAUCACGUUGGUGUGGAGCCUGCCUUGAAAGAGGACCAGAUUGUGCAGCUAGUAAAUGCCAUCUUCAGCAGGAAGAGCUUUGAUUUCCUCUCGGAAGCCUUCAGCGUGGCCUUUGCAGCUUCUGCCCUGUCCCACAAUCGCUACCACCUUCCACUCAUCGUUGUGCCUGAUGGACCUGCGGCAGUGUCUCACAAACAGCCCCUCCUGAGACUUCUGGUUACCAACGUUCUCUCCCAGCAACUGUCAGAUGCCAAAGUGAAACUGACUCAAGCCAAGUCCAGUAGCACCAAGGCCACAGUUCUGGAGAACGCUGCGUUUACUCCAUCCGGGGACGCCUUUGAACUGAAUUUUAUGGAGUCCAAGCCUGCAAGCGGCUACUAUGACUUCUCAGUGAGUGUGGAGGGUGACGGCCGUUUCCUGGCAAACCAGGUGGAGAUUAAGGUGAAGGUGUCCACAGAAGUUGGAAUCAGCAAUGUAGAUCUCUCCAUUGUGGAUAAAGACCAGAGUAUCUCUCCCAAAACUGCCAGGGUGGCAUUCCCUUCUAAAGCCAAAGGACCAUUCACCUCUGACAGCCACCAAAAUUUUGCCCUGUCUUUCCAGCUUACCGAUGUGAACACAGGAGCCAGCCUGACACCUCAUCAGACAUUUGUUCGCCUGCAUAACCAGAAGACUGGCCAAGAAGUAGUGUUUGUCGCCGAGCCAGACACCAAGGGCACAUACAGAUUUGAGCUUGAUCCAUCUGAAAGGAAGUCUGAGUUUGACUCUGCCUCUGGGACUUACACGCUGUACUUGAUUGUAGGAGAUGCUACUCUGGAGAAUCCCAUCCUGUGGAACAUGGCUGAUGUGGUCAUCAAAUUUCCUGAAGAGGACACCCCAACCCCUUUCCAGAGCAAGACCUUGUUCACCCCCAAACAAGACAUUCAGCACUUAUUCCGGGAGCCUGAGAAGAGGCCACCUACUGUUGUUUCAAACACUUUCACUGCCCUGGUCCUGGCACCACUGCUCCUGCUCUUUAUCCUGUGGGUAAAGAUUGGUGUGAAUAUCUCCAACUUCAGCUUCUCUCCGAGCACACUGGUCUUCCAUCUUGGACAUGCAGCUAUGCUGGGCCUGAUGUAUGUUUAUUGGACUCAGCUGAACAUGUUCCAGACUCUAAAAUACUUGGCCAUACUGGGAAUCGUCACGUUCCUUGCUGGAAACCGCAUGCUUGCUCAGAAAGCAGUCAAGAGGACUGCAGCUGAACAAAGCAGUAGGUUGGCAAAGUAUAGAACACUUCGGUAAUCUGGGGCCUCCCAUGAAGGUAGAAAAAUGAAGUAAGAACAGAUUUGAAAUAAAAAAAGAAACCUCAUGAUGCCAGCGUCAGUUCAUUUGUACACGUUCAAAAUUGCAGUCCAUUAUUUUUUAUUUUAUUAUAUUUUUUUUAUUUUAAUGUGCCCCAAAUGUUUCCGCUGCACUGAUUGUUACAGUCCCUCCGCUGCCCUUGUCCCCUCUUCCUUGAAACCACUGUGAAAUCCAUUCCAGACAUUGUGUACGCUGACAUCAUUGUGCCAGAAGCAGGCUGUGAACCAGCGGGUGGCAAGUCAGUUGCCCGGGCAUCUUCACACAUCUACAGACAGCCAAGUUGGGCUGCCUGGGGAUUGGCACCAUGUUAUUUGGGAGGGGGGCAGUGUGAAGAAUGAAAUUGGGAGAAGAUAAAAAGGGACUUCUGAAAUUUUCUUUCCCUGUUGAUAAUAAAUGGAAGGUGAAUGGGU